ACCCCUGCGGUUUCUUUUGUUUUGAUGUCGCAGAGCAUCACUUCAGCCCAGCAAAACUCGGCUUUCCCUCUUAGUUUACCAAUGACACGGUCCUAAACGACGCAAGGAAUAUGUUUCAAAAACGUCGGUCUCACAGCCUCUCAAAUAGCUUGAAUAGUUUGUUUAAAGUCUGUGUUUGACUGAACAGUCUGAAUCAGUCGCGCUAAUUCGCUAACGUUAGCUGUCAAGUAUAACCAUGGAGAUUUAUUUGAUCAGAUCGUUCAUCUGAUUUCACCCUAAAGAGCGUGUCGUAGUCAGUACAUCCAACAACGGAGUGUGUGCUUUCAUUUCUCACAUUUGGAAAGCUUGUUUGGUCCAUUUUAAGACAGCAAAGGAGGACGGUGCAGAUCUUUCAAUGGGCGAAGAGAAGCCAGAGACGCUGGAUUUUGUAAAGGACUUUCAGGAGUACCUGAGUCAGCAGACGCAGCAUGUCAACAUGAUAUCUGGCUCAGUCAUUGGAGUGAAGGAGACUGGAGACCUCCAAGGAGAACUUGGUCAGAAUGGCCUGGAGCAUCCAUCAGUGGAUAUAUCCUUGGAAGAUAGUUCAGGGAUGUUGGUGGAUGGCUUUGAGAGGACAUAUGAUGGCAAACUCAAGUGCCGCUACUGCAGCUAUGCCACCAGGGGCACCGCACGGCUUAUCGAGCACAUUCGCAUUCACACAGGUGAAAAACCCCACAGAUGCCACCUGUGUCCUUUUGCAUCAGCCUACGAGCGUCACCUGGAGGCGCACAUGCGCUCUCACACGGGCGAGAAGCCUUACAAGUGUGAGCUCUGCUCCUUCCGUUGCAGUGAUCGCAGUAACCUUUCUCAUCACCGUCGUCGUAGACACAAACUCCUGCCCAUGAAGGGUGCACGUUCAACUCUCUCUCACAGAAAGAUGCUCAGUGUCCUGCAGAAGAGAGGAGGCUCUUUGGGUUAUGGCCGCCGGCUGCUCAUCAACCUCAGCCCACCGUCUAUGGUGUUGCAAAAGCCCAGCUCUGAGCAGCACCACUUGGGUGACUUCGGUCAUGAUCUCCCUUCUCAUGCCCACCUCCAUCAGGAGGCCUAUAACGGUCUAGGGAAGGAUCCACAAACUAGUGGAGCAAUUGGAGUUGGCUCCAGGGAGGACCAGGACAUGGCAUUGGACAACCCUUUGAACCAGCUUUCUACUUUGGCAGGUCAACUUUCCAGCAUUCCACCAGAAGAUCAGGGAGCCCCAGUAUCUCCUGGAGCAGAAUCUCUACCGGAUGAGAAACCCACAUUCCUUGUCCAGCAGCCUGUUACGGCACCCGCUGCUGUCUCUGUCAGUGCAGCCCAGGCUUCUUCUCCCAUCACGCCUGAGCCCAGACCAGCUGCUCACAGUGGCUGCAGCCCAGGGGUGGGACCCUGCAGCGAGAGAACCAGCACUCCCAGUGGCACCAACAGCCAGCCAGGGACACCCAAUCCAGUACAGGAUCCCCAGAUGCUGCACCACUGUCCCCACUGUCACAUAUAUUUCCCUGACAACAUCCUCUACACCAUUCACAUGGGCUGCCAUGGUUAUGAGAACCCUUUUCAAUGUAACAUAUGUGGACACAUGUGCAGAAACAGUUAUGACUUUGCCUGUCACUUUGCAAGAGGCCAUCACAAAUAAAGACACAUGCAACCGGUCUGGGUGUUGCUGGCAUCUUCUUUGUCCCAUUAUAGAAUAAUGGAAUUCUAGUAUUUGGAACAUUCCAAAGACAACAUUGGAUGACCAUGUUUUGUAUAGCUUAUGUCUAUGUUUAUUUAACUGAUAUUGACAUGUUAGGCUGAAGUGAACCAGUUUUGGAGUGUAAAGUUUGGUCUUUAAAAGGGUAGAAACGUGGAUACUAAUUUUUAAUGGUGUCCUUCACUUCAGAAGUCAUCUCAGAUUUCUCCAGUUGGAGAUCCUGGGGAAUUUACUUAACUUUGCAGUUAUUCAGAACACAACACACCCUCAUAGAUUUAGCCUCAAAUCUGUGUUAUAAGUGCCAGAGAUCAGUAAUCAGUGCCUACAGUUAUUUUCUGAAAGUUGAAGAAUUUUUUUUAUUUUUUUUAUUUAUUUUUUUUACAUUUGGAAUUCAGUGACAUGAAAGACAAUACAUUUUAUGGCUACUCUUAACGUUUUAUAUAUACUGUAGAAAAAUGGCAUUGCCAAAUUUAAUAAUUCUGCUCCUCAUAUAAUAAAUGAUUAAUUAUUAAAAAUGAUUAUUUGUCUAUUGGUUAAGAGAGCUGCAUUAUUUUAACUUAAAUCGACAUGGUUGAGAUUAAAAACGAAUUUAUGUAGCACAAGUAAGUUGGCUGUAGUGUCCCAUAAGAUUGUUGUUCAAAUGUAUCAUUUUACUGUAGAGGCCCGGGAUCCUUUCCUUCCUUAGAACCAUAGCACAUGGCUGUAUACACUGUUUUCGUGAAGCAGUGUGAACACACGGAUACGUUAAAAACUCAAUUCUCUCUAUCUCUUUCAUUCUCUUUCCUGCAUUACUACCACCAGUGCCAUGCUGUAAAUGUUAUUUGUAAUGUUUCUGGAAACAUCUGUGGUGCUACAAAUAAACUUUUAUAUGCCUGUCUGCAUAAUGAACUAAAUUAACAGAUAAGUAUUGUAUAAAAUGUUAUGGUGAAUUUGAUGUUGGAUGUCAAUAAACCUGAAUAGGUUUGAUGAGCA